UAUGAAUCGACAGCAGAAGAUUAUUCUGCAUCUUGUAUAUUCCAUUGUCAUCUCGAUUUCUAUGCAGAAUAUUUGUGAAUGCUGUCAACGUCCUCAAGCUCCUUCUAAUGGAAGAGUUUGGUUUCGAAUCCAAGGUGGAUUGACUGCUAUUUAUACGUGUAAUGUGGGUUAUGUCCUAAAGGGAACUAAUGUGUCGCAGUGUCAAACUGAUGGCCAGUGGUCGUCGCCACCUCCGAAAUGUCAUUUACCAGCAUCUCUGUGCAGUUCUCCAGAAUUAGUUUUAGAAAAUCUUCAUCUUCCAGCAAGGAGUGCAAUGGUGAUAGAUUGUGACGCUGGUCAAAGAAAGAACAUUUCACGAACUUGGUUAAAAGACGGCGCCUUAAUUAAUGAAAUUAACACACCGGGAAUAACCAUUUUAGCCAAUUUAUCCAUUUUAGUUCAUUCGGGUUCUCCUCAAAAUCAGGGCAUCUAUUUAUGUUUAGUUCAAACAUCAACGUCAGUAAAAAUUGGCAAGGCUCUAAGAUUACUCGUAGAUAAUGCAGAACAUUCGGAAUUAUCAAAGUAUCACGGAAAGUGCAAUCUAAAAUUCAAAGAUUCUGCCAAAGUCGUGUACGGAAGCGAAGGAAAUUCGAUCUUUUUACGCUGCGGAAUCGAUGAUCAAUCGACGAUCGUCGAGUGGUUCAAAGGAGAUAAAUUACUGCGGUAUAAGGAUAAUUAUCAGCAUUUACCAGAGGGGACUUUAUACGUGGAAAAUCUAAAACGUUCCGAUGCUGGUGCUUACAUGUGUGUCGCUCGUUCAUCUCCUAUUUGCAACGUCAGUAGAAUCAUCGAAGUAAAAUUAAUCUCUCAGAACAUACCGGAAACGUUUACGUGUGGAAGAACUUACGGAAAACACAGAGUAAAGAGAAUUAUAGACGGUGCACGUGCCGAAAACAAUACCCAUCCUUGGAUGUGUAUGCUAUCGACCCAAAAAAUUGCGGUGGUAUGCGGAUGCUCUCUUAUUUCGGAUAAAUGGGCAGUAACUGCAGCUCAUUGUUUUUCCGACGAGAGGGUUAAAAGGUACUUUGUUAAAUUAGGCAAACGUCAAAGAGGACAGGUAGAAAAGGAAGAAAUUGUCACACCUGUAGUAGAAGUGGUAGUUCAUCCCCUCUAUCAAAAACGUAUUACGGACGAUCAAGGAAAUCAAGUCAGCAAUGAAAACGAUAUCGCCUUAUUAAAAUUAGAGACUCCGGUUCGUUUCAAGCAUAAUAUUUUGCCUAUUUGUCUGCCCGCUAAAAAUUUUAUGGACAGGUUGCCACCUUACACUAUGGGCGUCGUGACCGGAUGGGGCAGAGUUAGCUUGAAAGGUUCCGUUAUGGCAGUGACGUUACAGGAAGCUUCGUUGCCCAUCAUCUCGAAUAAACUUUGUAUUCAAAGUUCGUCUUAUGUUAUUACAGAGAAUAUGUUUUGUGCAGGAUAUGCGGAGAGUUAUAAGCCCGAUACUUGCUACGGAGAUAGUGGUGGUCCUUUAACGGUGCACCACGAAGGCAAAUGGUACUUGGUUGGUAUUAUUAGCUGGGGAGAAGGUUGUUCUACCCCUAGAAAAUACGGCAUUUAUACUAAAGUAGAAAACUACGUUGAAUGGAUUCAAAAUGUCACCGGUAAAAGCACUUAG